GCAAUUGCAAUCUGCAUUUCUUGGUUUGAUCUCAUCUGGUUUCUACGAAGAAUUCCUGACAUCGGCACGUACAUUUUAACAAUACAGAAGACAACAAAAACUUUAAUGAAGAUGCUUCUGAUAAUUUUGUUGUUCUGUAUGGCGUUUGCAUCAACAUUUUACCUACUGCUGGCUGAACAUUCGAGAUUUGAGAACUUUCCGAUAGCUGUACUAAGUACGUUUGUUUCGAUGCUUGGUGACUUCAGUUACGAUGAUUUAUUCCUGAACAUUGGCUAUUACAAGAAUUUUUAUUCUUUCAAACUCUCCAUGUUCAUUAUUUUCCUACUACUAAUGGUGAUCGUUGUAAACAACGUGUUGAUUGGCUUAGCUGUCGGAGAUACCCAGGACGUGAUAAAAAUGGCCACAGUUCAAAGGCACAAGCAACAUAUGAGAUUCAUGAUGGCAGUAGAAUCUUCGCUGUUCGCUCGAUUGCCUUGUUUCCGUCGAAGAAAAUAUCCAAUUGUGUACACGGAAUAUCCAAAUCGCAGAAAAACGUUUAAGGAUAAUUUGAAUCGAUUUUUUUCUGGAGAAAUGAACAUUUUCUACAAUGACGAGGAAAGCGAUGAUGAAGUUGAACCUGACACUCUAACACGACAGCAUCUUGAGGAAAUUUUGAAAGUUAGAAUUGAAGAACAUCACAAGAAAUUAAAAAAAGAAAUGAAUGACUUUCAUUUGGAAGUGAUAGAGAAAGCUGAUAAAGUUUUUCAUAAUAAGAAAAAUGUUUUAGUGUCAUAAAAAAGGCUAUUAUAUUUACCAAAUCCAUUUGACAAUAUUGUGUCUGAAAAUUUGACAAUUAAGAUCUUGGACGUUUUCUGCAAAUAUUUUAGUACAACGCGUAAGGCUUGUUGUUUUAAAAUUUUAUUUAGUAUAAUCUAAAAAUUAGUCCAAAUAAUUAAAACAAUAGCAAUAGUAUGGAUCUCUAAAGCCA